AUGGCACCUGCCAAAGAAGAAGAAGAAGUUCGUCAUAAAUGUGUAGCAGUCAUAUUUGGAUCGACCGGGCUUGUGGGAAAGGAGCUCACGAUAAAGCUACUCUCCACCGAUAAAUGGAAAGUAUACGGCAUAGCCCGAAGAGCAGAGAUUACUAUAAUCAAACACCCAAAUUAUCAUUUCAUUUCAUGUGAUCUUCUUAACCCUAUUGAAACUCAAGAAAGGCUAUAUUCAUUACAAGAUGUUACUCAUUUAUUUUGGGUAACUUGGGCUAGCCAAUUCCCUUUGGACACCCGGGAGUGCUGCCAGCAGAAUAAGUUGAUGAUGUGCAACGCAUUAGAUGCAAUACUGCCAAUAGCCAAGGCAUUGAAACAUGUUUCUCUGCAGACGGGAGCUAAACAUUACGUCUCAUUGCAGCAAGGAGAUUUGUUUUCUUCCAAGGACGACAAUGUUUGUUAUUAUGACGAGGAGUGCCCAAGGGUGAGUACAGGAUAUAACUUUUACUACGUGCUUGAGGACUUGCUACAAGAAAGAUUAGGCGCAGGUAAAGUGGCAUGGUCUGUUCAUCGCCCUGGAUUGCUGAUGGGUUGUUCUCAAAGAACUUUAUUCAAUUUCAUUGGUAGUUUGUGUGUUUAUGGAACAAUCUGUAAUCGUCUGAAUAUCCCUUUCGUGUUUGGAGGGAGUAGGGAAUGUUGGGAAGAAAUGUAUAUAGAUGCUUCAGAUGCUCGGCUAGUGGCUGAGCAGCACAUAUGGGCAGCUAGCCAAAAUAUUGGUGAAGCGUUCAACGCUGUAAAUGGUGAUAGCUACACAUGGAAGAAAAUUUGGGGAGCUAUCGGCACAAAGUUGGGGGUAAAUAGACAGUCUUUCAGUCCGGAUUUGAGGUACUCAUUGGUUAUGGGUGACAAGGGAGGAAUAUGGAAAGAGAUAGUGAUGAAAGAGGGGUUGGUUGAAACAGAAAUGGAGGAUUUGGCUAAUUGGGAAUUCCUGGACAAUUUGUUCCAAUGCCCAGUCAAAAUGUUGGGGAGUCGAGAAAAGGCAGAUUGUCUUGGGUUUACAAAUAAGUACCAAACAUUGGAUUCAAUUGUGUAUUGGAUUGAUGUCAUGAGACAAGAUAAACUCAUCCCUUAG